AUGUACUCCAAGGAUGGCCUAGGAGUGCUGGAGGUUCCUGCCAUGGAGGAGAUGCAAGGCUUGGUGGAGGUUCAUGCCAUGGAGGAGGGGCAAGGUGUGGUCGACGUUACUGCCAUGGAGGAGGUGCUAGGCGCUCUCGAGGAUCCUGCCAUGGAGGAGGUGCUAGGCGUGCUCGACAUUCAUGUCGUGAAGGAGGUGGUGCAAGAGCAAGAGGUCGGCGGGCCGGUGCAAGAGCAAGAGGUGGUAUGCAAAACCUACUCCAACCCGACCUCAACUUGUGAGGUGUGCAUUCAUCCGGCUUUGUGCCUCAAGUGUGGCAUCCGCGGUGAGGCUUCCAUGUUCCUUUGCUUAGGAUGUAGGCUCCCGGCACCAAAAGAUUUGCAUUCUUGUGAGUCGUGUGAAAAUCCUUGCCUCUGUCACAAUUUUUGGUGCAAAGAUUGUGCGACUACGGUGGCGAGAAACAAAGAUGGGGUAUGCAUAAGGUGCCAUCGCAACCCAUCUAUCUAUCUCGAGGACGAAAAGGAAGCGCAUAAUGUGCCGGAUAGUUAA